AUGGGAAGGAUACAGAGUGAAUCCCAUUUCAGCCAUCCACACCCGUUGACUCUCAUCUCCCAUGCCGACGGCGGCGCCACCAAUCCAUCUUGUUGUUCAGGAUGCAAGCUGAAGCUCUCCGGCAUGAUCUACUCCUGCACAAUCUGCUCUUUCUUCCUCCACCAAAAAUGCUUCCAAAUGCCCAACGCCAUCACCCACCCUUUCCACAAGGAACACCCUCUCACACUCCUCGCUGAGCCGGCCUACGCCGGCGGCGAGUUCAGCUGCGACGCCUGCGCCCAGCGCGGCUCCGGCUUCUCCUACCACUGCAAGCCCUGCGGCCUCGACCUGCACAUACUCUGCGCCGCCGCGCCCCUGUCCCUGGCCACGCCGCGCCAUGCUCACAAGCUCGGGCUCGCGUUCGCGGCCCCUUACGAUACCAAGAGCUUCGUGUGCGAUGUCUGCAGCUUCCAUGGCGGGGAUCACUGGCUCUAUAGGUGCAUCGCGUGUGGAUUUGAUGCGCAUUUGAAAUGCGCGGCUACUGCGGCGCCUCGCCCUCAUUGUGGUGCUGCUUUGGGUGUUCCUGCGAAUGAACAGAUGAUGCAGAUGAUUCAGAUUAAUAAUGCGUUGGCUCAGGCGGGCCGAGGCGGUGGUGAUAGGCAGUUGCAGCAGAUGAUGCAGUUGAUGUCUGCUCUCAAUCGCAGUGGCCUUGAUAUUAAUGGAGUAGGAGGAUUGGAAUCUUUGCUUGGUGGCGGAGGACUGGAAUCUUUACUUGGUGGCGGCGGAGGAGGGCUAGACUUUAUUGGAGGACUGCUCUGAAUAUCCAAGCCUGAAAAGGAUGGCUUGUCUGAUUCUGUUUCUGUUUACAGUCAUUGUGUUUUUCUACCAAUUUGGACUUGAGAAGUUUCCAAAUAAAAUUAUUGAAUGUUGUGCUCUAUACAAUUGUAUUUGUAAAUAAAGGUGAUCUGAAUCAAUAUUGUUGGUGUGGUGAUUCAGCAUCUCGUCCCUUAAACAUGAGGCCAAGGGUUCGAUUUCUGCCCAUUUGGUUCUCGUCUCUUAAACAUGAGGUCAAGGGCUCGAUUUCUGUC